UCGUCCCCCGCGUCGCCGACGUCGGUGUCGUCGUCGGUGAUGUCGUCGCGCGCCACGCCGCCGCACCGCGCGCCGCACCCCCACCAGCACCACCGCCCGCUCAAUGGAGACAUGAGCUUAUCAGAGGCGGUGUCCAACAUAUCCAGUCCCGACUACCAGGACCAGGACGAUAUGUUCGAGGCCGGACGCGAGUGUCCGCGCAUGGAGCUCUCGGACGCGUCCGACUCGGACUCCACCAUCCUGGUGUCCGAGCCCUGCCACAAGCGCGCCAAGCCCGCGCGUACGGACCGAAGUGGCAGCGACCUCACGCUCAACGGAGACCACAACGACUACAGGAUAGUCAUACAGGUUGUAAAGGGACCGGACAAACAAAACGCGAACAUAAACGAGAAUGUAAAUAAUAAUAACAAUAAUACGAACUACGCGCAAAAUGGAAAAGAAAAUGGGCAUAAUUCGCCUGAAAAUCAAGGCUACCAGGAGCUAGGCAGCGGCUCGGACGGCGGCUCGGACGAAGGCUCGGACGGCGACUCGCUGCACUCGUUCCACUACAGCCCCAAGGCGGUGGACAUACCUUCGGCCGAGCGCCUCGCCAAGCGGCUCUACCACCUCGACGGGUUCAAGAAGUCCGACGUGUCGAGGCAUUUGAGUAAAAACAACGAGUUUAGCCGAGCAGUAGCCGAGGAAUACGUGAAACACUUCGAGUUCAGCGGUGCGACCCUAGACGCGGCUCUGCGGGCCUUCCUCGCUCGCUUCGCGCUCAGCGGAGAGACGCAGGAGCGCGAGCGAGUGUUAGUCCACUUCUCCAGGCGAUACCUCGAGUGCAACCCCGGCUCCUUCAACUCGCAAGACGCGGUCCACACGUUAACGUGCGCCAUAAUGCUGCUCAACACGGACCUGCACGGCGGCGGCGCGGGCGCCUUCCGCCGCAUGUCGUGCGCCGAGUUCGUGGACAACCUGGCCGAGCUCAACGACGGCGAGAACUUCCCGCGGGACACGCUCAAGCAGCUCUACCACGCCAUACGCGCGCAGCCGCUGCAGUGGGCGCUAGACACGGACACAGCAACGGCAGCCGCAGGCGAGAGCCGCAGCGCUCCCGUGGGCAGCAACCCGUUCCUGGACGUGCCCGACCAGUCGCGCGCCGUCGAGUACAAGAAGGGAUACGUCAUGCGCAAGUGCUGCGUCGACGCCAACGGGAAGAAAACACCAUUCGGGCGACGCGGCUGGAAGAUGUUCUACUGUACACUCCGGGACCUCGUGUUGUACUUGCACAAAGACGAGCACGGCUUCCGGCGCAGCCAGAUGUCCGACAACCUACACAACGCCAUUAGGAUACAUCACGCGCUAGCAACGAAAGCGACAGACUACACAAAAAAGCAACACGUCUUCAGAUUGCAAACUGCGGACCAGGCGGAAUACUUGUUUCAAACGAGCGAUUCGAAAGAGCUGUGUUCGUGGGUGGAGACGAUAAACUUUGUGUGCGCGGCCUACUCCGCGCCGCCGCUGGCCGGCGCCGUCGGCUCCCAGCGCAAGUUCCAGCGCCCGCUGCUGCCCUGCACGCACACCAAGCUCACUAUGCGGGAGCAAGUGGCGUCGCACGAAGAACGCGCGGCUCGACUGGAGGAGGAGCUGGCGGCGUUGCGACACGCGCGAGACAACGCGCCGCACGCGCGCGACAAGGACCACUAUCUGGUCUACGAGAUAAAAAGGUACCGCACGUACGCGUACGUGAUGCGAGCGCGCGCGACAGGCGCCGGCGCCGACGACGCCGCGCCCGCGCUGCCCGACCGUCCGCACGCCGCGCCCGCGCCCGCGCCCGCGCCGCCCUGACGCGCCAUGGCGGUAUUCGCCGCCUGCGUGCUGUGACCCCGGCCCGGCAACCGGCACCGGACUCUGUGCUCGCCUUUCGAAAGCGGACUCUUCUGCGUCACCAUACAAGGCUCGGAUCUGUGAUCGGACACUGUGGUCGUUUUUGAAAGUGGACUCUUUUGCGUCACCCGGACCUAUGAUCGCGCGGUGUGCUCGCCUUUUAAAAGUGGACUCUUCUGCGUCACCAUACAACGCGGCCCGGACUUGUGAUAUCGCGGUGUGCUCGCCUUUAAAAAGCGGACUCUUCUGCGUCACCAUACACGGUUCCGAUCUGUGAUCGCGCGGUGUGCUCACCUUUUAAAAGCGGCCGCGCCCGCGCCGCCCUGACGCGCCAUGGCGGUGUUCGCCGCCUGCGUGCUGUGACCCCGGCCCGCCCGCGCGGACAACCGGCACCGGACACUGUGCUCGACUUUUGAGAGCGGACUCUUCUGCGUCACCAUACACGACUCGGACCUGUGAUCGGACACUGUGGUCGUUUUUGAAAGCGGACUCUUUUGUGUCACCAUACAACGCGGCCCGGACAUGUGGUAUCGCGGUGU